UCCGUAUCUGGACUUGCCUGAUAACCAAGGACUUGACAAUUUCAAGAAAUUCAACGCAUUGAAGCAACAGAACAACCAGUUGAAAACUAUUCUGGCCGUCGGGGGCUGGAAUCAGGGAUCUGCAAACUACUCCACGAUGGCAGCCUCCGCUACCCUGCGCAAGACCUUCAUCACCACCGCCAGAGAUAUGGUCCUGACCUACGGUUUCGACGGCUUAGACAUAGAUUGGGAGUACCCCAACCAACGGGACAGUACUCAGGGAGUUGCUGACGUGAACAACUUCUCUUUAUUACUGAAGGAAUUGAGGGAAGAGUUCGAUAAACAUGGACUGUUGAUUACUGUUGCUGUUGCCGCUGUGGAGUCGAGUGCGUCGCUGUCUUAUGAUGUCCCUAAUGUGGCCAAGUACGUGGACCUCGUAAACAUCAUGACAUACGACAUGUAUGGCGCCUGGGAUUCGAUCACCGGCCACAACGCUCCCCUCCACGUAGAUCAGGGUAGGAUCUACGCUGUGGAUGCCGCUUUGAACUAUUGGCUCUCACAAGGCUGUCCCCCAGAAAAGGUUGUAAUGGGCAUACCUUUCUACGGUAGGACUUUCAACUUGACCGAUGCGAAUAACAAUGGGGUAGGGGCUCCAUCAAGUGGGGUUGGGUUCGCUGGACAAUAUACAACAAAAGGCUUUGUUGGAUACAACGAGUUCUGCACCAAACUAAACACGGAAACCUGGGACGUCCUUUACGAUUCCAUAGCUCAAGUGCCAUAUGCCAUCCAAGACAAAAACUGGGUAUCCUACGAUGAUCCCAAUUCCAUAGCCAAGAAGGUCGAAUAUGCCAUGAAUCUCGGCAUCGCCGGUGCCGGGGUUUGGAGUAUCGAAACUGAUGACUUCCACGGGAAGUGUGGAGAGAACUUUGCUUUAUUAAGGGCUAUUAACUCAGCUUUAGCUGGAUCUAGUACUACUACUACUACAUCUACUACUACUCCUAGUACCACUACAACAACUAAACGUCCUACUACUACUCCUAGUACCACUACAACAACUAAACGGACGCGUCCUACUACUACAAGUACUGCGGCCCCUACACACCCAACUACUGUAAAACCUACGACAACAACAACAUCAGCACCCUCAGCACUAUGCACUAAAGAAGAAGUCGUAGUCUGCUACUACGGCACAUGGGCCACCUACCGCUCUGGCGACGGCAAAUUCUCCGUCUCCGACAUCAACGCUUCACUCUGCACCCAUCUCGUUUACACCUUCGUCGGGAUCCAUGACGAUGGGACUGUUAUCUCGCUCGAUCCGUAUCUGGACUUGCCUGAUAACCAAGGACGUGACAAUUUCAAGAAAUUCAACGCAUUGAAGCAACAGAACAACCAGUUGAAAACUAUUCUGUCCGUCGGGGGCUGGAAUCAGGGAUCUGCAAACUACUCCACGAUGGCAGCCUCCGCUACCCUGCGCAAGACCUUCAUCACCACCGCCAGAGAUAUGGUCCUGACCUACGGUUUCGACGGCUUAGAUAUAGAUUGGGAGUACCCCAACCAACGGGACAGUACUCAUGGAGUUGCUGACGUGAACAACUUCUCUUUAUUACUGAAGGAAUUGAGGGAAGAGUUCGAUAAACAUGGACUGUUGAUUACUGUUGCUGUUGCCGCUGUGGAGUCGAGUGCGUCGCUGUCUUAUGAUGUCCCUAAUGUGGCCAAGUACGUGGACCUCGUAAACAUCAUGACAUACGACAUGUAUGGCGCCUGGGAUUCGACCACCGGCCACAACGCUCCCCUCCACGUAGAUCAGGGUAGGAUCUACGCUGUGGAUGCCGCUUUGAACUAUUGGCUCUCACAAGGCUGUCCCCCAGAAAAGGUUGUAAUGGGCAUACCUUUCUACGGCAGGACUUUCAACUUGACCGAUGCGAAUAACAAUGGGGUAGGGGCUCCAUCAAGUGGGGUUGGGUUCGCUGGACAAUAUACUGCUACAAAAGGCUUUGUUGGAUACAACGAGUUCUGCACCAAACUAAACACGGAAACCUGGGACGUCCUAUACGAUUCCAUAGCUCAAGUGCCAUAUGCCAUCCAAGACAAAAACUGGGUAUCCUACGAUGAUCCCAAUUCCAUAGCCAAGAAGGUCGAAUAUGCCAUGAAUCUCGGCAUCGCCGGUGCCAUGGUUUGGAGUAUCGAAACUGAUGACUUCCACGGGAAGUGUGGAGAGGACUUUGCUUUAUUAAGGGCUAUUAACUCAGCUUUAGCUGGAUCUAGUACUACUACUACUACAUCUACUACUACUCCUAGUACCACUACAACAACUAAACGUCCUACUACUACAAGUACUGCGGCCCCUACACACCCAACUACUGUUACUACUACUACUAGUACUACAACGACGUCUACUGUAAAACCUACGACAACAACAACAUCAGCACCCUCAGCACUAUGCACUAAAGAAGGUCCAAUACCCAACCCUGACGAUUGUUCCACCUUCUUCGUCAUUAAAUAUGUACUGUACACAACAUAAAAUAUUUGAUGUGCU